AUGGCGGGGAAGGAAGAUUUGCCUGGCAGUCUAGCCCCUCUGAUGGCGAAGUUCAUUGCUCUGGAGGAAAAGUACUCGGGGUUGGAAGAACGUUUCAACAAACUCCAGGAAGAGAGUUCUAUUUCCAAAUCACUUGCCUUAGGCACUUUGAAAAUAGUAGCGUCCGACGGGAAUGGUCUACCACCAGUGUUAAUUGACCUGAGUCAUCCUCCUUCACGUGCAAAGGUCGUAAUCAGCAGAAUAGACAUGGAAACUGGAGAGCAUAAAGACCAACCUGCUAACGAGCCCAUUUUAUCGGCACCUUCCGAUACUGUAGAAAAGUCUCAAGCCUUUAUUUUGAGAAAGAUUAUUGCCGAUCCGGAUCAGAACGAGGGGAACUACAGCCAAGUUGAAAUGAUAAGCGAUGGUCUAUGGAAUCUGCUCAAGCAGAUUCUUAAUCAUUGGCUUGACCAUAUUUUCGAUGGCUCCCCAGUGCUACUUUACUCUCCUUACGAACCUCUUGUCCUGUACUGGGAUGACUUGAAUAACGCAGCGGAAAAAGAAGUAGAAGAUGCGGUCGAGAAACAAGCACGUGCUGAUCUCAAACUUCUUCUAGAAACAAUAGGUAGUGGCUCAGGGGAUGCGAAACUCGAUAAGUAUCUCAAAAGCCGUAAAUCCAACAUGGACCAAAGAACAGUGACGUAUGAAACACUUUGGACUAUUUUCGCUCCCGGGACCCUGGUAUAUGGCCGCUUUUUCCAAGGCGAAGAUCAAGUAUUUCUUGUCUACGAAAGCGAAUGGCUUUGGUCACUAAAUCCACGUCCUAGAUACUGGGAACUCACAGUUUGGUCAUACGACUGGAAUGGAAGAAUAUUCAAGCGAUCCCCUGCAAUAAUUAAAAUAGAGGCCUUCGAGGGUCAGAAAGCGAUCUCCUCCUUGAGCGUUUUUCCACUUAAGUUUCAUGACGAUGUUGAGAGUGUGAAAAGAAGGUUGAUUGAGAGAGGCAGAAAAUUUCGAGGUUAUUGCAUGUCCAAUAAUGCAGACCGUAUGUUUGAUUAUGGGGGACCAGCAAUAUUUGAACAGAGAGGCUUUUCAAACGCUCAGGAUGAUGAUGACAGGAUUGAAGGUAGAGUCAUGAUCGAUUUUGAAUCUUACUUUCGCUAUGGGCCGGCCUUCGCUCGGAUUGGCGCAUUGAUACCACAACCCAAUGUCGAUGAAUGUGGAUGCCACGCGUGCCGAAAGAACCUUCCUCUUCGAGAGAAAUUGAGAACUAGAUUCGAUGAAGAAGCUCAUCAGAAAGGCGAAUGGCAUGAUGAGCAGUAUAUGUUAUGUCCGCCUAGGGUUCUGGGUUACAUCCUCUACAACAAACAAUGGGCUCAAUUACAAGUCACAUGCCUCAAGAACAUUCCUAGGGAUGACUAUCGUAAUUCAUGGUCUGAAAGGCUCGUUUUAAAGGAUGGAGAUUUGACCAAAAAUAUCAUACUGAACUUGGUGACUAGUCAUGGGACGAAAUCGGAGGAAGGCGAAGAGCAGGAGCUGGAGGUAGAUGAUAUUGUUGCCAAUAAAGGGAAAGGAUUAGUUAUUCUCCUAUACGGUCCACCGGGGGUAGGUAAAACAACCACCGCAGAGACAGUUGCCAUUGCCGCCCGCAAGCCUCUAUUCUCUAUAAGUGUAGCAGAUGUGGGAGAUAAAGCAAAGAAGGUAGAAAAGAAACUCGCCAAAAUAUUCUCGCUGGCUAGUUCCUGGCAAGCUAUACUGCUCAUCGAUGAGGCAGACGUGUUCCUUGAGAGCAGAGGACAAGGGGCAGCCAGUAACGUUGAGAAGAAUUCGCUCGUCUCCGUAUUUCUGCGCAUUCUCGAAUACUACCAGGGAAUUCUCAUGCUUACCACCAACCAAAUCGCACAAUUUGACGUGGCGAUAAAGUCUCGUAUUCAUGUAGCAUUUAAAUACGAAGAACUCACUCCAGACCAGACACUGGCUAUAUUCAACGGAUUUCUUCAGCCGCUUGACAAAAAAGGGUUGAUUGAUGACAUGAGAUUCAUCACCGAAUGGCUCACAGAUGAUGUGGUGAAGAUGAGAUUGGAUGGCAGACAAAUUCGCAACAUUGUCACGAGUGCAGUGGGGAUUGCUCGAGCUGAAGCAGGAGGCAAGGGACCUAAACUUACUUAUAAACACUUGAAAGCAAUGGUUUCAAAUGUUAAGGAUUUCAAAGAUGAAUUCAUUGCGGCGUAUGAGAGAUACAAGACGAUUCAGAGUGGGGGGAGAGCACAGAAUUGAUGGCUCUAUUAUUGAAUUUUGAUCGAGAUAUCCUUGGUCCUUUGAUUUGGGUUUCAUUGAAAAUCAGCGUAAUGGUUUUAUCAGACCUUUC